UGUGAUGAGCUCCGCAAAGACUUCGAUGAGUCCGCUUGGUCUCGCGGACCAACCGUUAACCGGUGCGCGUCGCGUGCGAGGUAAAGCGGCGACCAACAAUUGGCCGAGGUGUGUUUUUUUCCCCCUAAAGGGGCGUAUUUUCAAGCCAUCUUGACUGAAUAUUUAGCCUCAUCCUAGGUACUUUAAAUUGAUAUCUUUGGGAUUUUGCCGUCCCAGAGUUUCCCACCACCGUCGCUCCAAAGGCUGAAGUCGCACCAAUGAAACCGGGUCGCGUUCGUGCGCUGAAGCGGAGCGGCGGCGGAGGAGCGGAGCGCUGAAGAUGACGCUGCUAACGGCUAGCAUGUCCGCCUCGGUCGGAGUCUGUCACUAGCUGACAUUUAGCCAGGUGCAGUUUUUUUUUUAACCCCCCCUGCUUGGCACCGCAGAGGACGGUUCAGCAAGAAAGCAGGAGUGAAGUCUCAUGCAGAACCUGAAAAGGUGGGAAUGUGAGACGACUGCUAGAGGAAUCAACAUGGGAAGGGGUCGAGGCAGAGGGAGAGGAAGAGGCAGGCUGUCCGGUCAACCGAGGCCUCCCUCGCCUUACAGACUGCAGCUCUCCCCGUCCAGGGAGACUCUGACGUACGCUCAGGCACAGAAAAUUGUGGAAGUGGAUCUCGAUGGAAGGCUCCAUCGGAUCAACAUCACGGACCUUCUGCCGGUCAUCACGGAGGACGAGAUGAUGGCUCAGGACAUUGCUGAGUGCAACAGCAACAAAGAGAACAGCGAACAAACGCAGGGGAAAAACAGAUCAUGGAGGAAACCUAACAACAAGAGCCGGAGGAGUCCUAAAAACGCGUCUCAGCAGAACCAGCGGUCGGGCUCCCAGCAGCAAACGGGAUCCACUUACUCCUCGCAGCAUCCGUCUCACCAAAGCCCUCUGCCUGAGCCCACCUUCCGCGAGCUGAGUUCUGUGUCUUCCUGCGAAGCGCCUCCUCUCCCGGCAGCCUAUUAUCGGUACAUAGAAAAGUCCGGGGAGGAGCAGGACAACGUGGCCGAGUACGACAUGGACGAGGAGGACCUGGCGUGGCUGGAGAUGGUCAACCAAAAGAGAGUGUCCGACGGCCAUGCGUCCGUCGCUCCAGACACGUUCGAACUUCUCAUCGACCGCCUGGAGAGGGAGUCCGUUCUGGAGUCGCGCAACCAGGCUUUAUCCCAGAACGCCGUCGACGAGGAUGCCUUCUGCUGCGUUUGCCUGGACGACGAGUGUCUGAACAGCAACGUCAUCCUGUUCUGUGACAUCUGCAACCUGGCUGUGCACCAGGAGUGCUACGGCGUGCCCUACGUACCCGAAGGCCAGUGGCUGUGCCGCUGCUGCCUGCAGUCCCCCUCCCGCCCCGUAGACUGUGUUCUCUGUCCCAACAGAGGAGGUGCCUUCAAACAGACAAGCGACGGGCGAUGGGCCCACGUUGUCUGCGCCAUAUGGAUCCCCGAGGUGUGCUUCGCAAACACGGUGUUCUUGGAGCCCGUCGAGGGGGUGAAGAACAUCCCCCCGGCUCGCUGGAAGCUCAUGUGCUACCUCUGUAAGCAGAAAGGCAGGGGAGCUUCCAUCCAGUGCCACAAAGCUAACUGCUACAGGGCCUUCCACGUCACCUGCGCCCAGAAGGCCGGUCUGUUCAUGAAAAUAGACCCGGUGCGAGAGACGGGGGUCAACGGCACCACCUUCUCAGUGAAAAAGACUGCGUUCUGCGAGAAUCACUCCCCUGUUGGGUUCCAGCGGGAGGGGUCUGGGGAUGAGUCUGUGGAAGGACGGCUGGUCGGGGGAAGGGGCACCCGGGGGCAGAGAUCAUACACUCAGAGCCCCCCUUCCCCAACCAACAAAAAGCCAACCAAAGGCCAGAAGAAGAAGAACACUAAAGGGUCCGGGUCAACACGCCGCUCGAAUGUUCCUGUGCUGCUUGUGCCUCAGAUCCCCUCUCACAGGCUAAACAAGAUCUGCACAGGAGUUGAAGUGCAGAGGAAAAAUCAGUUCAUGCAGAGACUUCAUAAUUAUUGGUUACUGAAAAGACAGUCGCGAAAUGGCAUGCCUCUAAUACGCCGGCUUCAUUCCCAUCUACAGACGCACAAGACGGCGGAGCAGGAACCUGAUGAGAAGCUAAGUGCUGCUAGAGAAGAGUUACGAUACUGGCAGAAGUUGAGGCAAGACCUGGAAAGAGCUCGACUUCUAGUGGAACUCAUCCGCAAGAGAGAGAGGCUUAAAAGAGAACAGAUGAAGAUCCAGCAGGCUGCCCUUGAACUGACGUUGACUCCUGCACAGGUGCUCCUGCGAUCCACUUUGGACCAACUGCAGGAGAAAGACACGGCCAAAAUCUUCUCCCAGCCCGUCGACCUGUCAGAGACUGAGGUCCCAGAUUACCUAGAGUUUAUAUCCGAACCCAUGGACUUCUCCACAAUGCGAGGCAAACUGGAGGGACAUGCCUACUGCUCCAUCGGAGACCUAGAGAGAGACUUCGAGCUCAUGAUUUCUAAUUGCCUCAAAUACAACUCCAAGGACACCUUGUUCCACAAGACAGCCUUACAGCUGAGGGAGGUGGGGGGAGCCAUUCUCCGCCAUGCUCAGAGGCAGUAUCAGAGCAUUGGCCUUGACCCCAGCACUGGCAUGCAUCUGCAAGAGGCGCCGAACAAACACGGUUUCUACCAGUGCACAUGGGAGGAUGUCGACUCUCUGCUGGACCCUGAGAACAGACUGCACCUAACCACAGAAGAGCAGCUGAAGGCCUUACUGGAAAGACUGGACAUGGUCACGUCCAUGCGCACCAGCGGCGGCCGCACCAAACGCAUCCGGCUGCUGCGCCGGGAGAUUAACGCUCUGAGACAGAAGAUGAGCCAGCAGCAAAACCUUCAGCCUGUCAACGGAAAUAACAAGGAGGACGACGAAGAAGAAGAAGAAGAGAGGGAGGAGGAGAAGAAGAAAGAACAGAAGGAGAAAAUUAAGAAAAAGGACAAGGCGGAUGUGGAUAGUGAGCCCUUGUCUGAUGUGCCAAACUCCGGGUCAGAUGACUCUCCUCCCGUGCUUGAGCUCACCUGUCCAGUGUCGUCACCUCUCCCAGGAGACGCCCCCCUGGAGCCGCCGGUCCUGGGCAUCGUAACAGGAGGCCAGAGGUCGCCCGGGCGCUCAUACAAGCGUCAGAGGUCGUCGCGCAGCGGAAGCAAAGCCCAAGGCGAGGAGGAGGCGGAGGUCGGCGAAACGCCGUCUUCCCAGCCGGAGGCCGUUCACGAGGUCACGCCGCUCGGCACGCCUCCGACUCUGCCCCUGGUCGGGGUCGGCCGGCGCACCUCCGUGUUGUUUAAGAAAGCUAAAAACGGGGCACGAAAGAACAAGUCGCCCCAGUGGCAAAACGGGAAAACGUCCGAGGAGAAAACCAACGGCCUGGACGGCACGGCUGUUCAUCCGAGCUCCCCCGGUGUGAACAUCACCGCCCUGCCUCCUACUCCCAACGCCUCCCCGGCCCCCUCCUCUCCUUCCUCACACCACCUGAGGUCCAGAGGUCCCAGCUCGGAGAGCGAACACGAUAAACCUCCUGCGCCCCCCAAAGAAGAAGCCCUGACGAACGGAAAGCACACGUCUGGAAACCAAGGCGGUGCUGAUGAGGAGGAAGAGGAGGAGGAAGACGACCCAAACCUGAGCGCUUCCCCUCCCAAGCGUAGUCGAGGAAAGCCAGCGUUGGCCAAGGUUCCCAGCAAAGAAAACGGAGACCUCUCCAGUUCUGGGAAGUCGACGCUUCUGUCUUUAGACAGCGACGCCGAACUCUCACCGCUGGACCUAGUUUGGGCGAAAUGUCGCGGAUACCCCUCAUAUCCAGCCAUGAUUGUUGAUCCUGACAUGCCUCAGGAAGGACUCCUCCAUAACGGCAUCCCCAUCCCUGUGCCUCCUGGAGAGGUGCUCAAACUGGGUGAAUGGAGACACACGGAGGAAGGCCACAAGCUCUUCCUGGUGCUCUUCUUUGACACAAAGAGAACCUGGCAGUGGCUCCCUCGAAACAAGCUGCUGCCACUGGGGAUGGAUGACACCGUGGACAAGCUGCGCCUAAUGGAGGGCAAGAAACCCAGCGUCCGCAAGUCCGUUCACACGGCGUACGACCGGGCCAUGGUGCAUUUAACCCACGUGAGACGAAACCUUAACUUCACUCCCUCCAAUUUUAUAUAAGAUUUUAUCAUCUUAAAACGAGCUGUCCGUAGAAAUCUACAGACGCGUCCUCAAAGUUCUUAAAAAAAAAAAGAUUGGUGAUGGUAUUUGAAGGUUUCUGCAUAAAAGAGUUUUUGCUUGGUUUUUAAACUGCAGAAGGAAAGAGGCUCCAUAUAUGUUUUCAUAAAUCGAUUUUGUUAAUUAUUUUCUAUGUACAUUUUUUAGAAAGGACAUUUUUCCACAACCACUGUUGCUGUGUUCAUAUGAAGUUUGUGCAUCAGGCCAAAGUGAGUCCAGACCUGAUCGGGAGACGCGUGACGGUUUAUUUGUCAAAGGGAUCGUUUAUGCUUCGAGACAUAUAUAUUUUGCAUUGUAUUGGUAUUUGAAAAGUCACCGUGUUUGUUGAAAAGUGUGAAAGUUUCACCUUUACAUGUGUGUCACACCUGGAUUUUUUUUUUUUUUUUUUACACACGGUGGAAACCAGAUAUUUAAACACACUGUCCUAAAAAGACUCAGAUCACAUUAAAUGAGACUCGCUUUGCUUUUUAUUACACACGGCUUCACAGGAACCCGUGUGAUAGGACGACCCGAUUAAAAACAAGCUUUACAUUUGUGGCCGAUGUCUUGACAGGUUGCUUCGAUGCAUUUUUUUUUUUUUCGUACGCCAAUUCCCUCCCGGUGCAAAACACCCACACACCAUAAAAUGUUUAAAAGCGGUGAAGGCGUCUCCUUCGGGGGUCUAGAAACAGAGCCAGGUCAGUGAUGGCUCCUGAUUUCACGCGUCUCAUCUGCGACUUCACAAGAGAGCAACAGAAGAAUGUCGUUCUGCUUUAUCGUCAGGCAGCGAGGGGGAAACAUUGUGUUUUUAUUAGUGUUCAUAAAUAUCUGGUUUCAACUGUGGACGUCAGCAAACAUUUCCAUUUAAAACCUUUUUGCUGCAAUCUCUUGAUUCUUAUUCAAAAUAUAAAAUCAACAUCAGCGCUGUCUCUGUUAUAUCCUAUAUUCUAGGUUUCUUGUUUGUUGACGGUGCCAACGUUGAAGCAACUUAAAGUCCGGUUGCCACAUGCUUUUUGGUGAAACUUUGUUUGUGUUUUGAUUAUUUUCCAUAUUGUGAAACUGUGAUACGAUAGUAGACUGAGAGCGGUCGGUGCAGAUACCACUACAGCAGUGAUUGAGACAAAAAAAAAAAAAAACACACUGCGAUUACCCGCC